GAGACACCAGAUUACACAGUUACAAUCGUAUAAUUUACCUGAGAUUUAUUAUCCGAUCGUUGUGAUGACGACGGAGCUUUUUAUACUUACCGCGCCCGUAGCCGUCUAAUCGUCUAGACUCCGCUGUCAGCUAGCGUAUCUCGGCGUGCUGCCGUGUAUUUUUCUCGGCUAAUCCCCGCGUCUGAGAUGUGACACGGCGCAGACACCUGUUGCUAUUUUUCUAUUGCGAAUCCGGUCGUAAAGACUUUUCGUGUCGUCUUCCCGUGAUAUUAUGGCUACGAUGGACAACAUACUCGUCGAUGAACGUGAAGAUGUUCAAAAGAAAACAUUUACCAAGUGGAUAAAUUCACAAUUGUCAAAAGAAAACCAUGAAAUCAUAUCUGACUUAUUUUUGGAUUUACAAAAUGGCACUAAAUUACUUUAUUUGUUAGAAAUUCUAACUGGCUUUCAAAUUAAACCAGAAAAAGGAUGUAUGAGAGUUCAUCACCUGAAUAAUGUAAAUAAAGCUUUACAAAUAUUGGAACAAAAUAAUGUAAAACUGGUGAAUAUAAGUAGUAAUGAUAUAGUUGAUGGUAGUCCAAAACUAAUAUUAGGAUUAGUAUGGAGUAUUAUAUUGCAUUGGCAGGUUGAUUGUCAUUUGAAAGAACUAAUGUCUGAAUCACAGCAAACAAAUUUAGAAAAGACACUGUUAGCAUGGUGUCGUAAAAAUACAGAAGGUUAUGGUGUUGACAUUAAAAAUUUUACUACAAGUUGGUCAGAUGGGUUAGCAUUUAAUGCAUUAAUACACAAGUUCAGACCUGAUCUUUUAGAUUAUGAUUCUGUUCUAAAACAACAUCCAAAUGCUAGACUUGAAAAUGUAUUUUUUGCUGCUCAUCAACAUUUAAAUAUUGAACGUUUAUUAGAUCCUGAAGAUGUUAAUACAUCUAUACCAGACAAAAAAUCUGUUAUGAUGUACGUUAUGUGCUUGUUUCAAAGAUUAUCUCAAUACUCAGAUGAAAUAGGAGCUUUAAAAACUGAUACACAAUACGAAGAAGAUAAAUUCAAAAAAUCUGAUGAAAGACCAUUAAGUAUGUUAACAAAUAUAUCAGUUGAACUUGGUGGUUAUCAAACUGCAUUGGAAGAAGUUUUAACAUGGUUACUAGAAGCUGAAGAUCGUUUACACCAAUCAGAAAAAACACCUGAAGAUUUGGAGGGUGUUAGGGAAAUAUUUCAUAUGCAUGAAAAUUUUCUUAUUGAAUUGUCACAUCAUCAAGAAGGAGUUGGAUCAAUAUUAGAAGAAGGAGCUAGAAUGUUAGCUGAUGGCGGUUUAACUGAAGAAGAAGAACAAGAAGUUCGUAUUCAAAUGAAAUUGUUAAAUUCGCGGUGGGAAAAAUUAAGAAUUACUGCUAUGGAAAGGCAAACUAAAAUACAUGAAUCUUUAAUGGGAAUCCAGCAAAAACAAUUAGAUGAAUUACGUUUGUGGUUAACACAAACUGAAGACCGUAUAUCACAUUUGUCACAAUCUGCUAAAAUGGAUGUUGACUGCUUACGUUCACAGCUUGAAGAACAUUCUGCACUUAGAGCUGAUUUAAGGAAACAGCAGCUAUCAGUUGAUUCAUUAUCUAAUCUUGUAGUAGUCAUAGAUGAAAAUGCAUUCCCCGACUCUGUACAUGUACAAAUGGAAGAUGAAUUAUCUGCCUUGGGUGAACGCUGGGCUCAUAUUUGUAAGUGGGCUGAAGAAUAUGGUGUUAAGUUACAGACAUUAUUAAUGAAGUGUAGUCGUAUUACGGAACAACUAUCAUGGUUACAAUCAUGGUUUGAUUCAAAAGAAAUAAAUCUUAAACAUAUGGAAUCCAAACAUGUUACUGAAGUGGCAGAAAUUUUAGAUAGAAUCAAACAAUUACAAACAUUACGCCACCAAAUGUCAAGUCAACAAAAAAAUAUUAAUCAUCUUCAAACUAAAAUUCAGAAUUUGGAAGAAGAAUUUUUGUAUACUGAUGAUUGUCCUUAUUCAGAAAAAAUAGAAACUCUACAAGACAGAUGUGAUGCUUUAGUGCAAAUUAUUGAAAUACAAGCUCAAAGAAUAUUAGAUGCUGGUUUUGAAUUUGAUUUAAUAAGCAAUUCAAAUUUAGAAAAAUCAGAUGAAAAACUUUUGGAAGACAGUUCAUUUGAUGGUAGUUUAAAUUUAUCGGAUACUGAGGAACUUGGUUGGAAGCGUAGAAGGAAAGGUGGAUCAUUUCAAGAAGAUGAAUAUGAUAAUGCUACAUCAAACUUGAGUAAUUGGUUAAAGAGGACCAAAAAAUUGCUCGAUGAACCUUUAGAAGUUGAAGAGCAAGCAGCUUUGUAUGAAGAUAUUAUGUCUGAAAUUGACAGUCAAAAAUCUCAGUUAGAUUUUGCUAGUAAAUUUAUUACAUCUAGUGAAAGUAAUAAUACUCCAUUUCCUAAACUUGAUCACUAUAAUACAUUGUGUGCCGAAUUUAGUGAUUUGGAAACUGCUUUAAUUACAUUCAAAAGUAAAAUAAAAUAUAACCUUGAAAAAAAACAGACAUCAAAAGAAAUGAACAAUUUAAAAUUAAUAUUUGACGGUUAUGCUAAAUGGCUAGAUAGUGGAAAUUGUACAUUUGAACAAAUAAAGGUAAAGUUAAAAUCAUUAAAAUCUCUUGAAGAUCGUAUUACUAAUCUACAUACACAUAGUAAACUGUUGGAUUCCAAUGACUCUAUAAGAAAUGAAGUUGAAAAAUGUUUAUCUAGUUGGAAUACUUUAAAUGAAAAAUUUUCUACUUAUGAAAUACAAGCAAAAUUAUCACAAGAAACUAAUUCUAACACAAAGUUUAAAGAAUCAAAAGAAGAGCUUACUGGCUGGAUUAAUAAAUUGGAAGGAGUAUUAUUAGGUGAACCGGUUCUAAUGAAUUAUUCAAAUGUUUUGACAAAUCAAUUAGAACAAUUAAAAGAAAUGCAGAAGUCGAUAAAUGACCGCCGUGAUACUUUAGAAAUGGUAAAUACACUCGGGCAAGACAUUUUAGAAAAGAUAAAUAGUGAAGUAGCUGCAGAAAGAUUGACUGAAGACCUUCAAGAUUUAAAUACAAGAUGGAGUGAUAUUCCAGUUUUGUUAGAUGAACGCAUUUUAAAGUUACAAAAAGAUUUGAUUUUAGUCCUAGAAUUAGAAUCUAAUUUUAGAACAUUAGAAGAUCUAAUGGAACAAAGUGAAGAUCUAUUCAAUUAUUAUAAUUCUCAAAGUGAUCAACCAGAUUUAAAAAUGAUAAAUGAUGUCUGUGAUUCUGUUUCUCAAUUAUACGAGAAACUGCAUGGUGAUAUGAUAAAUAUAUUUGAGUCAUCUGUGGAUCCAAAAUUUAAGCUGGAUAUGAAUCAGAAAUUAGAGUCUAUUAAAGAAAAGUUAAAUACAAUUGUAAAAUUUAAAGAAGAUAUUGCCAUCGAAGGAUUAAAAACAAUAGAAAAAGAUUUUACUGAUGUAAAAAAAUGUGUGUCUGAAGUUGAAAAAAGUCAUUCAUAUCGAGAGAAGGAUCCUGUAGGUUCAGCUGGUGAACUUAUAAAAUUAAAGAAUAAAUAUCAUACUCUACAUGACAAACUUUUGGAAAAAAAACCAAAGUUAGAAAAACUUGAACUCAGUGAAGAUGAUGAUGUAAAAAUGUUAGUUUUAAAGUGGAAUAAAGUGCUUGAUGGUGUGCAGUUGAUAAAAAACCGUUUACAACAAGAUGUACAACUUCACUCUGAGUUUAAAGUUUUAAUGUCUCAAGAAAAUGUUUGGCUUGAUAAAUUAGAUAAAUGUCUAAAAAAAAGUGUUAAAACUAUAGCAACUGACGCAGAAGAAAUAUCUGAAGAACUUGAUGACUUAGAAAACUGUCUCAGAAAUCAUCCAGAAUCUAGGGUUGAUCGAUUAAAUGAAAUUGGUGCUAUUUUGUCUGAUCACAAUGUAAUGGCAUCUAGUAUAAAAGUAGAUUUAGCAAAAGUUACAUCACGCUGCAAAAAACUUACAACUCAAGCAGAAGAAAAAGUUCAACGUUUAGAAGAAAGCAUUGAACAAACUCAAAAGUCUGAAAAUUGCAUUGCUGAGUUUCAACAAUGGCUUGAAACUACUGAUCAACAACUUACAUCUCGUAUUCAAAAUGAUUUUUCACCACAAGAUUUACCUAAUGAUGUUGAAAGAUUAUCAAAUGAAUUCCAAAACCAAGCUAAACUUUUACACGAUAUGGAGGAACAAAUUUGCAACUACGAAAUAGCAAAUAAAAAAGAAGUAGCAAAUCGUUUGAAAGAUCAACUGUCCUUAUUAAAAAAACGUUUCUAUCAGCUAGAAGAGAAGUUUGAAAGAUAUCAAUCUCCUGGAGAUUUACCAACUCGUGUUACUAGAGUGUUGAGAGAAUUACAAUCCAUUGAAAAUACUAUUUGUCUUUUAGAGCUGGCAUCAGAUGAUCCUGAUAGUAUUAAAGGGCAAUUAGAACAAUGUUUGAAAACGAAUUCUGCAUUAGAAAGCUUAAAAAGUGAAGUAGAAUUUGUGAUAAAUUCAAAUGAAAAUUGUGAAAACCAACUUCAACUAGAAACUAUAAAACAGUUGUACUCAAAAUUGGUGAUUGAUAUUUAUGACACCAAAUCUAAGCUUGAAAAAGGAUUAAAUGCUUUGGAUUUUCUUGACACUAAUAUUAAUAAUAUGUCUAACUGGUUGACUAAGGUGGAACAAAGAUUAGAUGAGUUUGAAAAUAUUCAAUUACCUGAAAAAAAUGUAGAAGCCAAAAUUAAAUUUAGCAAACACAUGUUAGACAAAGAAAUUGAAAAUUGGGAAAAAGUUAAAAAUUCAAUUUAUACUCGUUAUACUGAAUUUAAAUCACUCAAAGAUCCUUUGUGUGAAGAUGAUAUAUACUGUGAACGUAUUGAUAUAAUUUCUAAUAGAUGGACAUUAGUUCUAGAAAGGCUUCAUAAUAAUUCAACACAACUGAAGGAUAUAUCUACAAUAACGACUAGUGCAAAAUUAGAAUCGUCUGAUAAAUCCACAAUAUAUAAAGAAACAUGUGUACCUGAAAUUACAAUUACUGAAGAAGAAGGCAAGGAAUAUAUGGAGUCCUUAGAAGAAGAAAAAAAUCUUACUGAUCCUGACUGUGUUAAAGAGAACAAAAUGCAUCAGACUACUAUAACUCCACGGCAAAGUUCAAAAUCUGAUAAUCACGAAAAAUUUGUAAUGAAUAAUAAGGAUAUAAAAUCAUUACAAAUUAUUGAAGCUGUUCCUGAAGAUAAUGAUAGUUUUGAUGGCAGUGAUAAAGAAACUGACGAUGCAGUAUUAUUUUCAGAAGAUGAAGGACUCAAUGAUAAGUAUCCAGACUCUAGUUCAUCUGAUGAAGAACUAUUAACAAAGGGUAUUUCAUUUACAAGUAUUAAGCAAAAAAUUGAAAAUUUAACCUCUCCGAAAUCACCAAAUAAAUCAGUAACUAAAAACAUAGAUGUAGAUAUAACUAAAAACAUAGAUGUGGAUAUUGAAAAAUAUGAAAAUGAAGCAAAACAAAUGUUAGCUAGAAUGGAACUUACUUUAAAAGACCUUCGACAAUUAAAUACAGAAUCAGAUCCAAAUAAGCGUUUUGAGUCUAUUGAACAAGAAGUUAGUAAUAUAGCACCAGAUGCAGCUACAUUAAUUAGCAAAGGUGAUAGUCUUAUAUUAGCAAGUCAUACAGGAGAUCCCUCCAAAGCAAACACUUUGUGUACUUUAAUUCAAGACAGACUUAGAGUAAUGUGGACACAUAUCAUGUCAGAAAUAGAGAUUGUUAAACUUCAAACACAAGUGUUAAAGAAACAAGUGGAAUCUUUAAAUAAAAUAACUCAAGAUAUUGAAAACUGGAUUAACCAUAAGCAUAAUAAUUCAGAGGUAUUUGAACGAGAAAUUAAUAACAAAUAUGCUAAUUUAUUAGAAAUGGAUGAGAUAAUAUUAGAUAUUGAAGCAUUGUGUUAUGAUAAAGAUGCUGUUAAUAAAAUGCGAUUGAAAAUAGUUGAACUUAAAAAUAAGUUAAAUAAAUUAAGUCCCUUAUCUCAACAACAAAAUGUCAAUGUACCUGUUGAAGUGUUAUCUGAUAUAAAUGAGACAAGAAAAAAUUUAGGUUCUUUAUUAAAACAGUUAAAUUUAAUACCAUUGUCAAAUAAUUCAGUUGCUCUUCAAAAUUCUAAGAUUGAAGAUAUUCAAAGUAAAACUGAAGUUUUAAAAAAAUCUAUUGAAAAGUUGAGUUCAAAAAAUACUAAUGAUGAAGUAUUUGUGCAACGAAACAUUGAAAAAAUGCAGGAGACUUGGGAAUUACUUAAUAAGUGUGUGAUUGAAAGGACAGGACAAUUAUCUAGUAUACAAACAGAAGUUACCAACUUACAACAAAGCGGUAAAGAACUUUCUGAAUGGUUAGCAGAAAUUGAAAGUGAUAUGGAAGAAAAUAAUUUGACAUUGACAUUACAAGAGAAAAAAAAUAAGCUGCACAAUUUAGAAAAACGAGUGUCAUCUAGACAUAGAACAGUUAUAAGUUUUCUAAAUUGUUCACGAACUUUGUGGUCACACUCAGACAGUUUCCAAUCAGAAGUUGAAAGCCUAAGAUUAAGAUGGCAAGUAGUUUUAAAUAAGCUGACAACGCAACGAGAAAGAGUGAAUGAAAUGGAAAAAUCUAAAUCUGAUUUUUCAAAUGUCAUAUCAGCUACCAAAUUUACUAUUGAUCAAACUUUAAAUGUGCUUCAAUCUACACAAGCUAAUCCUUCUGAGGUUGAUUCACUGAAUUCAAAAAGUAUUUUAUUGAAGUCCAAAGAAUUAGAAUUGCUAACUCGAAGAAAAGAAUUAGAUUCUAUUAAUUCAAAAAAAUUGAAACAACCAAAUGAUCUUGAAUCAAUUAAAUCGCUUCUUGAUAAGGUUAUAUCUGAUUUGUCUGAAAAUUUAGAAUGUUUAAAUGGAAAAUUAAAUGCUUUAAACAAAUUUAUAAGUCAACUAAAAGAGUUAAACAGUUGGGUUAUGAUAAAAAAAACAGAAGCAGAAGAAUUUCAUACAAAACCCAUUUCAGAGAGAAAAUUAGCAACUGUGAAAUUACAAUCAAACUUAUCAGAGCGAAAUUCUGAAGUAAAAGAUAUAUUAGAAAAUUUUACAAAUAUGGAAAAACAAUGUGAAGGAAUUGGUCAACCAGUAUCUGUAGAUUUACAAGAUAUAGUUAAAAAUCUUAGAGACAAUUGGAAUUAUUUACAAAAUUUAAAUGAAAAUAUUUUGAAAGAACCAUCUGUUACAUCUAUUGAAAUAAAAAAAGCAGAAGAAAAUUGGAAGAGUCUAACAAAAAAUGCCUCCGAAGUACAUCCCCGUUCAAGUUUACGAUCUCUAUCUCCAGUCAAUUCAUCAGAUGCCCUUCUCAAUUUAUUAGCUAGUUUUGAUAAAUCAAUUCUUCAGAUUUGUGAUUGGUUAGCUUUAGAAGAAAAGAUGCUGCGUCAACAAUCAGUUACGGUUGGGGAUGUCGAUGAUAUACUUCAAUUAAUUGAUAAACAAAAGAACGUAUUGCGAGAGUUGGAACAAAAAAAACCUCAACUAGAUGAACUAGUUCAUACUGCUGAAAACCUUAAAGCUGAUUCAAAUCGACAACAAUUACAUGGCAAAGUAACUAAAUUGCGUGAACAUUGGGAUGAAACAAAUAAUAAAGUAAUGCAACGUAAAACUGAAUUAAAUGCAAUGUUAAGUGAUAGCCAACGUUACGAAACAAAAAAGAUGGAAAUAGAUACUUGGUUGACUAGAAUGGAAAGUAGACUACAGCGAAUGAGUUCAGUCGGUAAUACAGCUGAUGUACUAGAUGCACAACAGAGAGAACAAAAAUCAUUCCAUGUUGAGUUACAUCAAUACAAACACCAGAUUGAUUUAUUUAAUCAACUCACACAAAAAUUAAUUGCAGUUUAUCAAAAUGAUGAUACUUCCAAAAUUAAAAAAUUAACUGAACAAGUACAUCAAAGAUUCCAAAAUCUUAAUACAAACAUUAUAAGCCGAGGAAAAGUAUUGCAUUCCGCUAUAAACUCCUUACAAAAUUUAGACAAAUCUUUCGACAACUUUUUAGGAUGGUUGUCUGAAGCAGAAUCAUCUAUGGAAACAAUUGAAGCAGAAUUUGAUAGAUGUAAUACACUCAAACGAGAAAACACAACAGCAAUGAACCAACUAAAGGAAUUACAGCAAGAAAUGGAAACGAAAAGUCAAUCAUUAAACUCACUUGAUACUAGUGGAAGAAAACUUCUAGGUAGUCUGUCAUCACAGGAAGAUGCCGUAAUGCUUCAAAGACGGUUAGAAGAAAUGAAUCAGCGUUGGAACCAGCUGAAAAAUCGUUCUGUGACUAUUAGAAAUCGAUUAGAAAAUAAUACAGAACAUUGGAAUACUCUUUUAUUGUCCCUAAGAGAGCUCGUCGAAUGGGUAAUUAAAAAGGACACAGAAAUUUCAAGUUUUGGUCCUUUAGGCAACGAUUUGGCCACAUUACAAAAGCAACAGGAUGAUCAUAGAGGGUUUCGUAGGCAAUUGGAAGAGAAGAGACCAGUUAUUGAUUCUAACCUACGUAGCGGUCGCCAAUACAUUAACAAUGAAUCACAAAUUGCAUCAGUCGUAAAAAAUGAAGAAAUUAAUAACACUGGAGAUUCUAGAGGAUAUCGUAGUGCUGAAGAACAAGCUCGCGAUUUAACAAUAAGUUUAAAACGUGAAGUUUCACGUGUAUCUGAACAAUGGAACUCUUUAUUACAACGUUCUGAUCAGUGGCAACGAAGCCUAAAUGAUUCAAUCAAGAAAAUGCAAGUUUUUCAGAAAAGCUUAGAAGAUUGUACAUCAAAAUUAGCUAGUGUUGAGGCCAUGUUUAAAUCAUGGCCAGCAUCAAGCACUAAUGACUCCACUAAAGGUCUUCAAGAGCUAAGGCAAUUUGGAGACAGAUUAAAUCCUGUACAGCGGUUAUUAGAGGAAGUUAAUGAUCAAGCUAGCUUACUUGCAUCAAACAAUGUAACAAUAUGUGUUUCCAAUAAAAAUAUGUUACAGGACAUAAAUAAUAGAUGGAAAAAUUUACAAUUAGCUAUGGAUGAUAGGUAUAAACAAAUUUGUGAUACUGGGAAAAACACAAUUAACAAUAGUAAUAGAGCUUCGCCUGCCAGCCAUAGUGAGGCAUCCACUUCUUUAUUAUUGAGUGGAUCAGUAGAGCCUCCAUGGAAACGUGAAAUAACUCCAAAUAAAGUUCCUUAUUAUAUUAACCAUCAAUGUGAAUCUACAAAUUGGGACCAUCCAAAAAUGAUUGAACUAAUGUCUUCUCUGUCAGAAUUUAAUGAUGUAAGAUUUUCUGCUUACCGAACUGCUAUGAAAUUACGUACAGUCCAGAAACGCAUGUCUCUGGAUUUGUUGACAUUGGAAGCUGCUUUGGAAUCAUUUGAUAAUCAUGGUCUACGUGCUCAAAAUGACAAAUUAAUUACCGUAUCAGAAAUGCUAACCAUUCUAGGUUCUAUUUUUGAUACAUUAGCAUCUCAACAUCCUUCUUUAGUACAUGUUCCUCUUUGUCUCGACCUAUCUUUGAAUUGGCUAUUAAAUGUUUAUGACAGCCAACGUACAGGUCAAAUCCGUGUAUUAUCAUUUAAAGUUGGUCUAGUAUUAUUAUGUAAAGGACAUUUAGAAGAAAAAUAUCGUUAUUUAUUCAGAUUAAUAGCUGAUCCAAAUAGACAAGUAGAUCAACGUAAAUUAGGUCUCUUGUUGCAUGAUUGCAUUCAAUUACCACGUCAAUUGGGUGAGGUAGCAUCAUUUGGUGGUUCUAAUAUUGAACCAUCUGUUCGAAGUUGUUUCCAAAAAGCUGGAAAAGAUAAAUCCGUUAUUGAAGCUAUGCACUUCUUAGUUUGGUUACAACAAGAACCACAGAGUAUGGUAUGGUUAGCCGUGCUACAUAGGCUAGCUGAAGCUGAAUCAGCAAAACAUCAAGCAAAGUGCAACAUUUGCAAAACAUAUCCUAUAAUUGGUUUCAGAUAUCGGUGCUUAAAAUGUUUUAAUUUUGAUAUGUGUCAAUCGUGCUUCUUUUCUGGUCGUAAAGCCAAACACCACAAACUUACUCAUCCAAUGCAAGAAUAUUGUACUACAACAACAUCCGGUGAAGAUGUUAGGGACUUCACACGUGCUCUUCGUAAUAAAUUCAAAUCAAAACGUUAUUUCAAAAAGCAUCCACGUGUUGGAUAUUUACCUGUUCAAUCAGUAUUAGAAGGUGAUGCAUUAGAGAGUCCUUCUCCAUCACCGCAACAUUCUAAUACUCCUUCUACUAUACCUGAUGUUCACAACCGCUUAGAGAUGUAUGCUUCACGUCUAGCUGAAGUUGAAUAUAGGGCACGAAGCAACUCUACUCCAGAUUCUGAAGAUGAACAUCAUUUAAUUGCCCAGUAUUGUCAAUCUUUAAAUGGUGGAUCGGAAACAUUGCCAUCUGUACCUAGGAGUCCAGUUCAAAUAAUGGUGGCAAUUGAUGCUGAUCAGCGACACGAGUUAGAAGCUAUGAUAAAAGAAUUAGAAGAUGAAAAUACACACUUGCAAGAAGAAUAUGAAAAACUAAAAACUGGAACUGGAAGUAAAGGGUCUUACAAUAUUAUACCCAAUAAUAAUGGUGAAGUCGAUAUGGUAUCCGAGGCAAGAAUGUUACGUCAGCAUAAGGGCCGCCUUGAAGCACGCAUGCAAAUAUUGGAAGAUCAUAACAGACAAUUAGAAGCACAAUUACAAAGACUUAGACAACUAUUAGAAGAACCAGCAACAUUCCAAACAAGGUCAGUGACAGCUUCUCAAUUAGCUUGUGAUUCUCCUUUGCAAAAUCCUUCUGACAAAUCAGGAAAUUGGUCAGAAAACAAUAGCCGUAAUACUUUGGAGAGACCACCUCCUCCACCAAUUUCGGCAUCUCAUCAUGCUGUUGGUAACUUACAUCAUAUGGCAGGUGAUCUAGGUAAAGUUGUUACUGAACUUGUAACUGCCAUGACAACAGACGAACAUGAAAAUUAAAGAGUAUAUUAUGACAUAGUAGUACAAUAUGAAUAGUAUUAUUAUUAUUAUUAUUAUUAUUUGUUAAAUAUGUAUGUUAUAAUUAUAAUAUGUACUUACAUAUCAAAAUUUUGAUGAAUUCUAUGGUAGGAAUGUUUGUAAAAUAACUUGUUUACCAACAUAUUUUUGAGUAUUUAAUUUCAUAGUAUUAAAAAUGAUAGUUUUGUAGUGAUAUAAGAUAAAUUUCACUAGUUUUAUAUAAAAAAAGUUAUUUUCAGUGAGAACAGUUAUAUAUUUUCUGUAUACAAAUCUUAGUAUUUUUAAUCAAUAGAUGUAUAAUUGUAAUUUUUGUUUGCUACAAAAUUGAGAUCAAAAAUAAUUUUCAUCUUUACAUUGUUCUUGAAAACCUAUUUAAUGUUGAUGUAGUAACAAAUAAGUAUUAAAUCACUCAUCAUUUUAAAUUAAAACUAUGAGUUUUAUUACACAAAAUUACAAAAUAUCAAAUUACACAAAAUUAGUAUUUUUUAUAAUUACAUUUUAAUACAUUAUUUUAGUGUAUAUUUAUACAUCAGUUAUUAAUCAGUUAUGUGCCAUUACUUUUUUUCUUUUCAAGACAAAUUUAUUAUAAUUUUAUCUUUCCUAUUUUAAAUUUAUAUUUUAUUUUAGUUUAUCAUAAUUUUAUCGCUGUUAAUAAUAUCAAUAAUGUAAAUACAGGUGUUUAUUGUUAAAAUGUGAUGAACAAUUUCAAAUUUUAGGGUCAAAAGUUGCAUAGUGUAAUUUCACUGUAGAUCCCACUACCUAACAUAUCAAAAGUUAUAUCUUAAAAAUAUCUUUAUUUAAUUUUUUUAUUUUUUCAUUACAAAUAUAAAACUAGAACUCGCAUUUUUAAUUAAAAUAAUAUUUGAUAAUAAAUAUAAUUAUUACAUUUUAAUAUAAGGACAAUCACAAUUUUGUACGAUUUCCCAUACAUAUUGUAUGUAGUUACUUAUAAGUGUUAUAUGAUAAUAAUUAAUAAUAUUAUGCUAUAUACCUACAUUACAAUUAUAGUAGGCAAAUUUUUUUUGUUUUUUAAUUUUUUUUUUUUUUUUUGUUUAUUUUAUUCAAACGUUUAAUACAUUAUUAAUUUUGAUUUAUUUAUAAUUUGGUUAAGAGGUUAAAAACUUAAUAUCAUUCAUAAUUAUAUAAUUAAUGUUAUAUUGUAAUUAUUAUUAUUAUUAUUUAACUUAUUUUUAAAUAGGAAACUAUAUAG